AUGAGCGCUGAGUGCAGCAGCUACCUCAACGCUGACAAGGUGCUGGUGAGCGCCUUCACCUGCCCGCGGACGGGCGGCGACGCCCGCGCCGUCUACUGCUGCGGCUUCCAGGACGUCAAGUACUGCUGCGAUGACCCCCACAGCUUCUUCCCUUACGAGCACAGCUACAUGUGGUGGCUCAGUGUUGGAGCACUGGUGGGCCUGUCGAUAGCAGCAGUGGUGCUCUUUGCCUUCAUCAUCACUGUCUGCAUUCUCUGCUAUUUGUUCAUCAGCACGAAGCCACGCAGCAAACUGGAUACUGGCUUAAGCUUACAGAUGACAGUGGAUGUGGAGGAAUCCAGCAACAUUCAUUUUCUUUCCAAUGAGGGCCUCAAGAUGCAGUCAAGUUACCCUGCUGGUUUACCUCCUGAAUGA